AUGUAUAUAUAUGAUGAAGCAGCUCCUAGAAUUUCCUUUAUCUUCCAGACUUUGGUCCCCACAUGGUCUCCCUGGCCUUUUCUGACCCCAUCUAUCACCAGUAAAAUCCCUUGUAUCCUCUUUAAUGGAUGUUCACGUCCCCUUUCUGUUCUUGUGAACCCUGGCAGCCAUCUCAAGGACAAGCUGUCCUCUCUUGUGCGCCUUGUACAGUGGGCUCAGGGGGAGGCGGGGCAUCCUCCUGGCUCAGCUCUGCUUCCAGACCGUUGCUCCUUCUCCAGCUCUGAUGCUCACGCCAGCAGACCCAUAGCACCCAAUAGCCCUUGUCCGAGUUAUCUUUGUUAUUCCUCAUGCCAUGAAGAUUUUUAA